CGGAAGUGUGUCCCGUGUUGGUUAUUCUUGUCGUUGCUGGGCUAUCGGUUAGCAGUCAGACUGAUCGGUAAGAAAUCCCGGUGAUCUGAUCAGAUCCGUUAAUAAUCGAUAUCCGGUCACCGUGUCUUCUCUUUGUUCUUUUCCCGCGCUCAGUCAAAGAUGGCGGCCGUCUAACGGUAUCCAAAGGCAAACAGGAAGUGUGUUCCAGGACGGACAAGGUUGUGGUCUCUGGUCCUUAAAGUGGCGUGGUCCUGGUGCAGGACACGGCCAAUGGAGAGCGACUGUCGGAUCCCCGUGGCCUGCUGUCGACCUCGAGUCCUCGUCCUCCACGCCCUGUUUUGGGGUCUUGUGUCCCUCAGGGUGUUUGGAGCGGCGCUGCUGAGUGACGAGAAGACCACAGCCCCAAAGGCUCAAAUUGAACCCUGCUGGAUACAUGAGGACUUUGUGGUGACUGCAGAAUGCUCUCAGUGUAACGCCUUCCAGACGAGGUCGUGGUCGGCGUGCGGAGCCACAGGAUACGUGGAGAGAGUGAACUGUACUCGCAGCAACAGAGACGAGUAUAAAAGCUGUCGCUCUGUGGUGAUGGAGGAACAUCUCUUCUGGAAGUUCGAGGCAGCCAUGUUGGCUCUGACGGCGUUGUUUGCCAUCCUGGUCGUCGUUCGUCAGCGCUCGCUCGACCGCCUGGCCUCGGAGAAAGUCCGCCGCCAGAUCGAGUCCAUCUAGGACUCCAUGUGGACUCGGCUGGUUUUAUCCUGCAGCAGUAUUCAAGGAUCUGGACUAAAGCUGACCCCCUCUGGGAUCAGGACUAUUGAGACCAGCAGAGACUACCUUUAUUUAAAACAGUCCCAAAGACAGAACCAGAACCUGACCUGUAGACCAGUUUGUGUCAGCAAAAGACUGAACCAAUAAACAGGAAGUCAUGUUUCAAAAUAAAAGCUCUUUGUGUCCUGAUGCCUGCAGCUGAACUGGUCUAAACUGGUCUGAUCCGGUUCUGUCUGAUGAUCUAGAUCUUCUCUAAUGAUCCAGCUCUCCAGGGAUGAGGUCUUUCUGUAGACCGGACCGGUUAGUGUGUUUGAUUUGAUGUCAGCAGUCUGAAUCUCUAAGAGUCCAGUCAGAGCCGUUGUCCUGAAGACCAUCUGGAGUCUAAACCGGACCUAGAAACUCUAAAGGACUUCAGAGACCCAAAAUAACAGACUCAUCAAGGGACCUCAGUGGGCUCUGGUCUGGCCUCUGGAUGGACAGGAAGUCUGGGGUCGGUCUGUCUCUGGAUGGACAGGAAGUCUUGGGUCGGUCUGUCUCUGGAUGGACAGGAAGUCUGGGGUCGGUCUGUCUCUGGAUGGACAGGAAGUCUGGGGUCGGUCUGUCUCUGGAUGGACAGGAAGUCUGGGGUCGGUCUGUCCCUGGUCUUAGAUGAAGAGAAACUGUAGUGAAGAAGAAAGUUCCAGACGGUUCCAUGUUUAGUUCCUUGAGUUCUUUUUCUCUGAUCUAAGGUUAGACUCUAAAGGUCACCUGACUUCAGUGUCUCCUCCAAUCAGAUUCCUUCUUUUUUUCUCUGACCUCCUCCUCUUUAACAUCAGAACAGUUUGAGCUCAGUCAGUGGUGAGAGGAGGACUAGGAUCCACAGGAACUCUGUAGUCCUGGUCAGCUGAUCCAGGACUCUCUAGAGGGACCCUUCUCUUCUGCUGGUGUUCACUAUAGACUGUGGGUGCGUUCAAAAAGUCCAAAAAAUUACCUCCUAAGUCCUUUCCUAUUCACUUUUCCUAAACCCCGACGAGAAACGUCACAGGGUUAAGGAAAGGAGGAGUUAGAGGAUAGGAAAGGAGGAGUUAGAGGAUAGGAAAGGAGAACUGUGGUGAGUAAGGAAUCUGACUGUACUUCUCCUAGGUGGAUGUUACGGACGUGACGUGUGUUUUUGUGUAAAAACUACAAUUUAACGUCGAUGGACUACAAAAUUCACAACUUUAAUAUUUCAAAAUAGCAAAACAAAUACAGUUUAAAACACUGACUGAUCGUUUACUGUUUAAAUAAAAUGGAAAUGAGAAGAAAAUAAAUGGUGAUCAUGAGUUGAAUGAUAAAGUUUUCAUGUCUGUAAUAUUCCUCUGUUCAUCCCUACUGCCUUCAUUUAUCACGUGGAUUAUACGUUUGACUGGAUUUUACGGUUUAAAUCGGGGUUAGUAAAGUUAUUCUAUUUAUUCUAGUUAUUCUAGUUAAUCACUUGUUCUGAUGAGCGGUCAACAGGUGCGUCACUUUAAAUGAAGUUUACACAAAGCAUUGUGGGUCGUCUUUUCAUCUCUCCUCUGGUAAAGGAUGCUCCAGUGUUUCCUAGGCUAAAGGAGAUAAUAAAGGAAACAAUGAAGCUCCUUUCCUUACCAUUUGGAGAAUUCCAACAGUCCUUAUCAUGGCCGACACUUAAAUACUUCCGGGUCGUUUCACUCAGUUAGGAACCUUCCUAAGCAAGAUGGACUUUUCGAACGCACCCCUGGUCUCAGACAUCCAACCAAAACCCUGUCAGACAUCUAUUAGACUUCUAGAUGAGGAACAGGAAGUGCUACGGUGAUGACUUCCUGUCUGUCAGCUGAUGACCUGUUCUCUGUCUGAGGUUCUCCUGAUGGUUCUACUUUAUUAAGGAUGAAUAAACCUGAUCUGAUCCA